CACGUGGUCUGCGGACGCGGCGGCGGCGGCGGCGGCGGUGGCGGCAGCGGCGGCUUCGCGUGCGCGACGUGGAGGCUCCGCGCUGGAUAACCUGUUUUUCCUUAUGAUAAAGACGGCAUUUGGCUGAUGAGCAGGGUGUUCAGGUCAUCGAGUGAAUCAGAGGUGCAAGUCUGGGAAACAGAUGAUGAUGACAUGACAGAAGGUGAUUUAGGAUAUGGCCUUGGAAGAAGACCUGGUGGUAUUUGUGAAGUGGAAGUUUCACAUUUAUUUACAUCUAGAAAAAGAUCAGAUGGAAAGAAUUUUAGCCCUCCAUUUCCACAACAGCAGUCAGAAAGUAGUGGUGGCAUUUUUCAGUCUUCUAAGCAUAAGAACUUGCAAGAUUCAUAUCCUCAAGGAUCCAGAAUUUCUGAUUACAGGCGACAAAGUAGCACUGAUUCUAAUUCAGGAUUGUCAAAUGUAGAAUUAAGUCAACGUCUUCAUGAAACUUUAGAGGAGGUAGAAAUUUUAAAAACUGAGCUUGAGGCAUCUCAAAGACAACUUGAAGGUAAAGAGGAAGCAUUGAAAAUUCUUCAAAGCAUGGCAAUAUUUGGCAAAGCCACAAGUCAUACCCAGGCAGUGUUUAAAAAAACUGUGGAACAAAAGAGAUCCUUGGAGAAGGAAAUAAAUGCCUUGCAGUGGGAAAUAGAAUUUGAUCAAAAUAGAUUUAAAAAUAUAGAGGAAUCUUGGACCCAAAAAUAUGACAGACUAAACUGUGAAAAUGCAGUCCUCAAAGAAACUUUGAAACUGAAAACAAAAGAAAUUAAAAUGCUGAGGUCUGAAAAUGCAAUUUUGAAUGAACAGUAUUUGGAGGCCCUUGCAAUGCUUGAUAUGAAACAGCAGAAGAUGGCUCUGGAAAACAUGUGCCACAGUAAAAGUAGCUGCUUUACAGAGAUUUCAGGUCUUGAGCUUGCAGUCCUUGGAGCCUGCCUUUGUCAUGGUCCUGGAGGGAGCCCCUGUUCCUGUGCCAAAAUGGCAGCAUCCACUCGGAAACUGCUGCUUCAGCUCAAACAAGAGCUGGAACUCUUGCGGAAGAGUAAAGAAGAAGCUUACAUAAUGGCAGAUGCAUUCAGAAUUGCAUUUGAGCAACAAUUAAUGAGGAAAAAUGACCAAGCACUAAAACUGACACAAAUGGAUAAAAUGUGUAAAAAAGCAACAAAACGAAUAAAUUGGAAGCAUCUUAAAGAGGAUGGUUUUCCAUCACAGGGGAAUAAGAAGAGUUUAGGACAGAAACUGUUGGGUAUGCUCCCUUCAGAAAACAGUUCUAAGAAGACUGAAGACCAGGAUAAUCCUCAAGAAGUCUUUAAGAUGCUAAUAGAUUUGCUGAAUGAUAAAGAAGAAGCUCUGGCUCAUCAAAGAAAAGUUAGUUACAUGCUUGCUCGGGCACUGGAAGACAAAGACACUGCCUCAAAACAGAAUAAAGAAAAAAUUCCCAUGGAAGAUAAUUAUUUUCUACUCAAAGACUCCUGCCAUAAAACUUCAGAAUUCUCUGUUUUGCAUGAUCCUGUAUAUUCAAAAGUCCAAAUUUUUAAUUCUGUGGGCUGCACUUGUUCAAUCCAGCACCCUGAAACAGAUAAAAACUGUACAGGAACUCUGAAAAAGUCCUGUUCUUUGCCAUCAGGUAUCAUGUUUGGAAGACAAGCCAGUUGAAAUUAGAACUGAGAGCUGUUUAUAUCAAGAGACUUUAAAAAAGGAUUGUGUAACUGUUGCUACAUCAAGAAAAGUUGUAUAUUUUCCAGGUAUUUGUAAAUUUGGGGCAGCAGCUUAAAUAAUCAAACUUUACAGAAAUAUUUUUUAUAAGAAAUUUACUAGCAUUGUGUUGACUUUAUAAAUUACAUUAAUAUAUUUUAUGAAUUUUUUAGUUUGACAACAGUGUAAAACCAGGAAAAAAGUGAUUUUUUGGGAAAACUUUGGAUCAACUAUAGGGAUUUUAGGUUGUCUAAAGAAACAAUAUAACAGUGUAAAUUAUUGCUCUAAGUAACAAUGCCUAGGAGUGACUGAAUGUUGAGUUUUGAAAUACACUUAUCUUGUUUA